AUGGGAGAGAAGAUAGAGAAGAAGAAGCUAUUGGACCCUGCUAACCCCACGUCUCCGAUCAUCAUCUUCACUCUCUCACUCACUUCCUCACUCUGCACAGCCGCCACCACCGCGGCUCCAACAGCCUAUGACCUCCUCAAAACAUACAACUUUCCCAUAGGCCUCCUCCCAGAAGGCAUCAAAAACUACACUCUGAACCCUACUACUGGCAAAUUCAAUAUUCACUUGAACCGUACGUGUAGUUUUUCUCUCGAAGAUUCGUAUCAGAUUAGAUAUGAGUCUAGCAUAAGUGGAUAUAUAGAGGAGAAUAGGCUGACUGGUCUUGGUGGGAUUCGUGUUAAGGUUCUUUUCUUCUGGCUUGAUAUUGGUGAAGUUGAUAGGAGUGGUGAUGAUCUUGAGUUUUUUGUUGGCGUUGUUUCAGCUAAUUUUCCGGUUGGGAAUUUUGAUGUGUGUCCGCAAUGUGGGUGUGGAAUGGAUUGUGAUUUUGUGAGGAAGAUAAAAAAUGAGUAA